UUGGGAGUGCCCAUCAGUUGGCUAAGCAGACAAGAAGUUUGGCAUGGCAGACACCGCGACAUCGCCGCCCGCCGUGGAGACGGCGGAUGUGCCGCCCAACCACACGAUCUAUUUAAACAACCUGAACGACCAUAUCAAGGCUGACCGCAUGAAGGCCACGCUGUACGCGACGCUUUCGCAGUACGGCAAGAUCCUGGAGAUUGUCAUGGGCCGUGCGCGGAGACUACGCGGCCAAGCGUGGGUCACGUUCGAUGAUAUCCCUAGCGCCUCCAACGCGCUGCGUUCGGUGAACGGCACCACGCUGUUCGACAAGCCUGUGGCCAUUCAUUUCGCUAAGGAGAAGGCCGACGUCAUUGCGCGCCGCGAGGGAACCUUCGUCCCUCGAGAGAAACGGAAGCGCGAUCCCAAGCCCGAGCAGCAGACGACCAAGAAGCAGGCAAGCGCAAAUGGCAGCGCUGCUGCAGCUGGCCCGUCCGCUGUGCCGAAGCCGCGCAUGCCGGCGCAGAACGUACCGAACAAGAUUCUGUUCCUGGAGGAACUACCCGAGUCCUGCAACAAGGAGAUGCUGGCCGUGCUGUUCAAGCAGUACCAGGGCUUUAAGGAGGUGCGUAUGGUGCCAGGCAAAAAGGGUCUCGCGUUCGUGGAGUUCGGCGACGAGGCGCAGGCAGCCAUCGCGCUGCAAGGACUCUUCGGCUUCAAGCUCACGCCCACAGACGCACUCAAGGUCUCCUUCGCCAAAAAGUAGGAUUAGCACACCAACAAAAAAGACAAGUAGACGUCCAAAGGCAGCAAGCAAAGUAAGACAAUCGAAAGCCGCCGUCCUGCUGCCAUAUCUUGCGGCAUGGCUAUCUAAACCAAGACGAGUAUUACAAUGUGUAGCUUUGUCACUGUUGUAGCCUACUACAGUACUUCUAUAACUGUUGAGCAUCACUGGCAU